AUGUGGGAUGAAGAAGAUGGUCGUACCCAUUUUAGUUGCACCAAAAGAGCAAGAAACCGAAUGCAGAAACCAUGGGAAAAAACUUUGAUCGUCAAAUUACUUGGGAAGAAAGUAGGUGUGGAAUUCAUGAAGAAAAAAAUUAGCACUCUCUGGGCGAGAAAAGGAAAAAUCAAUGUUACUGACGUUGGAAAUGACUUUUUUGUAGUCCAGUUUAAUGAUAAGGAGGAUCUCAACUUUGCUCUAAAUGGUGGUCCAUGGGUUGUCCUGGGUCAUUAUUUUUCGCUGAGGAAAUGGGAACCAGCGUUUAGACCGAAUGGUGCUGGUAUUACUAAGAUUGCUGCUUGGAUUAGACUUCAAAAUAUUCCUAUCGAGUUCUAUGAUCUAUUAAAGGGAGAGUAUGUCCUUGAUGGUUUUACUAAGCAAAUUGAAUAUGAAGUGCUAGGCCUCAUUUGCUUUGGCUGUGGGAGAUAUGGUCAUAAAACUGAGGGAUGUUCUGCUGCUCCAAAGAAUGUUGUUCCAAAGAAUCAUACCCCAGAAAACGAUCAAAGUAUGCCUCACAUUCAUGAGGAGGGUUCUGGAAAUUCAGGAUUCAAGCGUAGCAUUGGGCUGGGACCGUGGAUGGUCGUCAACCGCCAGCAGAGAAGCCGUCAACCAGCUCAUCCAGUGCCUGCAGGACAGACUGGCUCUAGUUCAAAACCGUUACCAAGGAAUAAUGGCAAAGGAGUUAUGAUUAGCGAUAAUCAUGGUGAUAAGGAGGCAAUCAUGCAAUCUCGUUUUCUUGUUUUAACGAAAACGGAAAAUCCUAUUAAUGAGGAAGAUCAUAACCAAGGAAUCCAAUCUUCUCUCAUUAAUUCAGAAACUAAUCAGCCGGUUAUUCUUUCCAAAUCGUGGACUAAGUCAAAAAAGAAUAAAGAUCCUACUAGGGCUAACAUAACGGAAAUUAAAAGCCAGAUUGUUUCUGUUUCAAGUGUGAGUCAGCAUCGACCUAUCCAUCAGCAAACAAACGACCAUCACGUCAUUCAACCUUCUUCCACAGACGCCGAUCCUAUGUCUUCUACUUCUUCCAUUCAGCAUGCUCAGGUUAAUAGGAUUAUUGAAGAUCCCUCCACUGUUCAGAAUGACGGUCAGUGGCAUGGAACUUUUGUUAAAAAGGGCCCUGAUAGAAAUGAUGUUGUCGUUGAUAUUCCUAUUAUAUGUAUGGGCAUGGAUGUGGAUAAAGAACGAAUUGAUGUUAGUUCACGUAUGGAGGAUACAAGAACCUCGGAGGGUGCAGUGAAACCCCAGUUUCAGAAAUCUCUUUCUUUGUUCACUCGUAAGCAUAAGCCUAGCAUUGUGGUUAUCCUUGAACCUCGAUGUGAUGGGUACUCAGGGGGUAUUUGGGUUCUUUGGAAUGACGAGGCUGGUCUCAUCGAUAUUAUACAUCAUAAGAAGCAGUUUGUCCAUUUUAAAGUUCAGAAUCCUUCUUUCCCUUCUUUCUCUUGUACUGCAGUUUUUGCAAGCCCUAGAGAUGACCUUAGAAAGGAUCUUUGGGUGGAUUUGAUUAACUUUGGUCUCCAUUGUAAUGAGCCUUGGCUGGUGGAGGGAGAUUUUAAUGAAAUAUCUCAUCGCAAUGAGAAGAAAGGUGGUAGUCGAGUUGACACAAAUAGAUGCUCCAAGUUCACUACCGUUCUUAAUGACUGUAAGCUCAUGGAUCUAGGGGGAUCGGGUCCUUGGUUUACAUGGAAAGGCCCAAAGUUUUUACAUCUUGAUCGUGUUUUCAAAAGGCUUGAUCGUGCCUGUGGAAAUGCUAGCUGGAAGACCACUUUUACAGAUGCUGGUGCUAAAGUUUUACCUAGGGCUUAUUCUGAUCAUUGCCCCAUUAUGGUCCAUCUGACCAACUUGGAUAAUGAUUGGAGAAGACGACCCUUCCGUUUUGAAGUGGCUUGGAUGGAUUAUGAUUUUAAAAGAUUCUUAAAUAGUUGUUGGAAUAAUGAAAAGGAUACAAGAACAAAUCUGCAAGACCUGACGCCAAGGCUUAAGAAUUGGAAUAAGACAGUCUUCGGUAACAUAUUCAGCAGGAAAUCUAACCCGCUGAACAGUAUCGAAGAAAUUCAGAAGCAUGUUGACUAUCAUUCUGAUCUGUCUCUUCAAUCCAAAGAAAAGGAGCUUAGGAGGGAUCUCGAUACAGUUCUUAUUCAAGAAGAAAUCCUUUGGGAUGUUCGACAACUGCAGAACCUGGCAACAGAUUUCUACAGUAAUUUAUUUUGUGAAGAUAUCCAUAUUCGAGACUGGGUGAAAACAAAGAAUACUUGGCCUUCUCUUAAUGUGGAUCUCUUGGAAAAUAUGUCUCAUAAUCUUGCUGAUGAAGAAAUUUCAAAAGUUGUUUUUAGCAUCAAUGGCUCAAAAGCUCCAGGAGAGGAUGGGUUCCUUGCUGCUUUCUAUCAACGGAAUUGGAAUCUUAUUAAGGCUCAUAUUCUUCAUGAUAUUCACAUGAUGUUUCAGAAUCCUAAUAUGAUCCAUCUUGUCAAUAAUACUCUUUUAGUUCUCAUUCCUAAAGUCAAGAGACCUGAAAGUGUGAAGCAGCUUCGACCAAUCUCUUUAUGCAAUGUAUCCUACAAAAUUCUCAGCAAAAUUCUGGUUAACAGACUGAAGCCUUUAAUGGAAGAGAUGGUGUCUCCUUUCCAAGCUAGUUUUGUUCCUAAGCGGCAUAUCCAGGAUAAUAUUAUCAUCACCUAA